CUUCUCGUUCUCUCUCUCAGUCUUGGGAGAGAUAGAGGAGGAGACGACCACCAGAGGGUUAGGGUCUCGGGUUUCUUUCCAGGAAUUCUCCUGGUCCAUCUUCUUCCCCCAAUUCCAAUUGGAGCGAUGGAGGCGGAGAUCCACUCAGCGCCGCAUGAUGAGGCGUCGAUGGCCGAUGCCAUGCUCGCGCGGAGAUGCUGCUGCUUUUGGAUCCCCUGGACCAGCGGGCGCUCUUCUUCGGCGCCGUCCUCCGUCGAGUGGUGGCAGCGGAUACGGGCGUCGGAGAGGAGCGACGAGCGGAGGCCGUCAGUGGAGGGGUGGUGGUGGUGGAGAGCCGUGAUGAAGGUGCGGGAGUGGUCGGAGCUCGCGGCCGGGCCCCGGUGGAAGACCUUCAUCCGGCGGUUCAAUCGGAACCCCAGACACGGUGGUGGCAGCGUCGUGCGGAUGGGAUCGUCGAGGUUCCAGUACGACCCCUUGAGCUACGCCCUCAACUUCGACGAGGGCCACGGCGGCAGCCCCGACGGAGACUACACCGGCUACGGCGACUUCUCCACCCGCUUCGCCGUCCCGCCGGCGCCCGCGAAGUCGUCCGUGGACCUCGCCGGCUGGCGUGCCUCUACGCCUACGGUCUUCUCCGCCGCUCCAGCUGGCGGCGGCGGUCGUUGAGGUCGGAGAGCGUGCGCCGGAGCAGUUCGUAGAGGCGACGGGAUGCGAGGAUUUGACGGGCGCAAGUGGCUGGAUUCUUUUAUUGUUUGUUUGUUUUGUUUUGUUUUUUUAAAAAAUACAUAUAAUAGAUAAUAAAAAAUGCUGUCACUUUUCUUUCUGGCUUAGUGCCUUUUUUUUCUUUCUGGCUUAGUGCUUUUUUUUUUUUUCUCUGUUUUGUUUUUUGCUAAGGCCUUAGUAGUUGGUGAAAUUAGCUGUAUCCGACGUGUAUCUUGAAA